UGUGCAGCAGUGCAGUAUAAUGGGAGCGCAAGCCAUCCCGAGCGCCUCAUAGGGGGGGCUGUAUGUCGCUGCUGUAUCCUGUGCCUGGCGCUCUGUAGUCCCUCUCCAACCCUCUCCAGCACCUCACCUACAGCCCAUGCUCAGGCUCCCCCCUCCCCUACUGGAUCCGUACCCCUCGACAUGGAUGCCCCGCCGUCCCUCGACCGGGAGGAUCGUUGCUUCUUGGCGCAGUGAAGGAGGAGAAGGAGAAGGGGACGAGGAAGGAAUCAUGCCGGGACUGCUAAUGGAUAUUGGGAAAGCGCGAGUGACCAUGCCGUGAUCUUGCGCAUCCAGGGCCGCCGUCACCCUGCCUUGCACAACGAGCGUAAAAUAAUUACGGGGGGAAUCAAACCCACGCACCGGGGGGAUUAAACCGCUGUGCAUUUCUUUAAAAACAACAUGAAGAUUACCUCCCAUCAUCUGAUGAUAAGCAGUCUCGUUUUCAGGUCCAACCUCAGGCUGAUCCCGCUUCUGCUGCUGUUACUUGGUCACUCUCGCGGGAUGACACACGUUUUAAGAUUUGGGGGAAUAUUUGAAUCCAUUGAGAGUGGCCCUUCCGGAGCAGAAGAAUUAGCCUUUAAAUUUGCAUUGAACACAAUCAACAGGAACCGCACCUUGCUCCCCAACACCACGCUGACCUAUGACAUCCAGAGAAUUAACAUCUUCGACAGCUUUGAAGCCUCCAGGAAAGCGUGCGACCAGCUGUCUCUCGGCGUGGCGGCCAUCUUUGGACCCUCGCACAGCUCAUCGGCCAACGCGGUCCAAUCCAUCUGUAAUGCUUUGGGGGUCCCCCACGUGCAGACCAAAUGGAAGCAUCAAGUGUCGGACAACCGGGACUCGUACUACGUCAGCCUGUACCCCGAUUUCUCCUCCCUCAGUAGAGCCAUCCUGGACCUGGUGCACUUCUUCAAGUGGAGAACGGUCACCGUGGUGUACGACGACAGCACAGGUACAGGUCUCAUUCGACUGCAGGAGCUGAUCAAGGCGCCGUCACGAUACAACAUUCGUUUGAAGAUCCGACAGCUGCCCACGGAGACCAAGGAUGCCAAGCCACUUCUGAAGGAGAUGAAGAAGGCAAAGGAGUUCCAUGUCAUCUUCGAUUGUGGCCAUGAGAUGGCUGCCUGGAUCCUCAAACAGGCCCUGGCCAUGGGUAUGAUGACAGAGUACUACCAUUAUAUUUUUACUACCCUGGACCUUUUUGCCCUCGACAUGGAGCCGUAUCGUUACAGCGGAGUCAACAUGACUGGGUUUCGCAUACUGAACACAGAAAACUCUCAGGUGUCGUCAAUCAUUGAGAAGUGGUCAAUGGAGCGGCUGCAAGCUCCGCCUAAACCGGACUCGGGCCUGCUGGAUGGAUUCAUGACGACGGAUGCGGCGCUGAUGUACGACGCCGUGCACGUGGUGGCGGUGGCGGUGCAGCAAUCUCAGCAGAUCACGGUCAGCUCGCUGCAGUGCAACCGCCACAAGCCGUGGCGCUUCGGGGGAGGCUUCAUCAACCUCAUCAAAGAGGCCCACUGGGACGGUUUGACAGGACGCGUUCUCUUCAACAAGACCAAUGGACUGAGGACAGAUUUCGACCUGGAUGUCAUCAGUCUGAAGGAGGAAGGGCUGGAAAAGAUUGGAACAUGGGAUCCUCCCAGCGGCCUGAAUAUGACGGAGUCUCACAAAAGCAAGACGUCUAACAUUACAGACUCUCUGGCCAACAAGUCCCUGCGUGUAUCCACCAUACUGGAGGAGCCGUAUGUGAUGUUCAAGAAGUCGGACAAGCCUCUGUAUGGAAACGACCGCUUCGAAGGCUACUGCAUCGACCUGCUGAGGGAGCUCUCCGGCAUCCUGGGCUUCCACUACGAGGUGCGGCUGGUGGAGGACGGGAAGUACGGAGCGCUGGAGGAGACCACGGGCCAAUGGAACGGCAUGGUGCGGGAGCUGAUGGACCACAAAGCGGACCUGGCGGUGGCUCCUCUGGCAAUAACCUACGUCAGGGAGAAGGUCAUCGAUUUCUCAAAGCCCUUCAUGACGCUGGGGAUAAGUAUCCUGUACCGAAAGCCCAACGGCACCAACCCGGGCGUCUUCUCCUUCCUCAACCCCCUCUCCCCCGAUAUCUGGAUGUAUAUUCUGCUGGCUUGCUUGGGUGUCAGUUGUGUGCUGUUUGUCAUAGCCAGGUUCAGCCCUUACGAGUGGUACAACCCGCAUCCGUGCAACCCGGACUCGGAUGUAGUGGAAAACAAUUUUACGCUGCUCAAUAGUUUCUGGUUUGGCGUCGGGGCUCUCAUGCAGCAAGGAUCUGAGCUCAUGCCCAAGGCCUUGUCAACACGAAUAGUGGGAGGAAUCUGGUGGUUCUUCACCCUCAUCAUCAUUUCCUCGUACACGGCCAACUUGGCCGCCUUCCUCACUGUGGAGAGGAUGGAGUCGCCCAUAGACUCGGCCGAUGACCUGGCCAAACAGACCAAGAUCCUGUACGGGGUUGUUGAGGACGGUGCCACCAUGACUUUCUUCAAGAAAACAAAGAUCUCCACCUACGACAAGAUGUGGGAGUUCAUGAACAGCAGGAGGCAAUCGGUGAUGGUCAAGAACGUGGACGAGGGGAUCCAGCGGGCCUUGACCUCGGACUACGCCUUCCUCAUGGAGUCCACCACCAUUGAGUUUGUCACCCAGCGCAACUGCAACCUCACGCAGGUCGGAGGCCUCAUUGACUCCAGGGCAUACGGAGUGGGAACACCUAUGGGAUCUCCGUACAGAGAUAAGAUCACAAUAGCCAUCCUGCAGCUCCAGGAGGAGGGGAAGCUGCACAUGAUGAAGGAGAAAUGGUGGCGGGGAAACGGCUGCCCCGAGGAGGAGAGCAAAGAGGCCAGCGCUCUGGGGGUGCAGAACAUCGGAGGGAUCUUCAUCGUGCUGGCUGCGGGACUGGUGCUGUCGGUGUUUGUGGCGGUCGGGGAGGUGCUCUACAAGUCGAAGCAGAACGCCCAGCUGGAAAAGCGAUCGUUCUGCAGCGCCAUGAUGGAUGAGCUGCGCGUGUCUCUGAAGUGCCGCCGUCGUCUCAAACAGAAGCCUCAGCCGCCCGUCAUCGUCAAGACAGAGGAGGUCAUUAACAUGCACACAUUUAACGACCGCAGACUCCCGGGAAAGGAAACCAUGGCAUGAACGUUGAGCUUACCCGGAACACACACGUGAUUAAAAAAAACAAAACAUGGAGGGCGGUUGGGGGAGGGUGGAAGGAGGGGGGUUACGGGGUCAGAUUAACGCCAACCGGAGACCGAGGUCGGCCGUCAGAACAGGAUUCCUUUUUGAACCCGCUAGCGUACGUAGACAGAUGUUUCCCGUGGAAAUAUAGAUGCCUGAGCGGUGUCACCUCGCUGCGACGUUCACUUCUUGAAGGGAGCUGGAAAGGAACUUAAAAGUAUGUCAAUUGAAAAGGGAUCCAAGCCGCUUUUGGUUAAAACGUAAGCCUAAACAUACACACGUACACGUAACACACACACACACACACACACACACACAACGCUCUCAUCUGAUACACUCUAUUGUGACUGUAAAACCAGAUUUUGUUUUUCUGUUGAUGUCAACGCCCUUUUGUCUUACCUCCAUGUGUGUUUGACCUGAUCGAUCCGUCCCUGAGUUCCCUUUCAUCAAUGAUUUGAACAAACACUAAUCUCCCGUCCGACGAAGGGGACGGUGGUGCCAAAUGGUUUACUGUGAACCGCUGUACAAAGGUGAUAUUUGCUUUGGAGUCAUCAAUGCUUACCUUGUCCAAUACUCAUCGUUUUCUUCUGUGAUGCCUUUCUUGUGCCAAAGUUCUGCCCUCGUGAAGAACUUUCUACCAUGCCUGAUGUUAUGUUCAAAGCCUCUGCAAGCAACGUAUACCGUCAAAGUCAUUAUUCACGUCUCUCCUCACAUGCGGUCUGCAGUUUUCACUUUGUAUCAGUUGUUGUUUAAAAAAAAAAAAAAAGCGGGAUUUCUACAAAAGUGUUUGUUUUUGUACAAGAACAAGAAGUUUUGUAGUACUUUGUAUCAUGGUAGCCCCUCCUGUCGACAAAAUAUGUAGCAGAUACCAACUCAGCCCUCAAAUUCUUCUCAACCAGUGUUUGUGGAGCUUCAGGCUCUGCCGCGUAGGCUUCGUUUUUCUCAUCGAUCGGAGAUUCGGCCGUUUGUCCGUCAGUAUGAUGGAGUAUCGACAGUCAGGCGACAACGUGGCGCUUUCUGGUAGGUAAGAACAAUGAAACCGAACUACAGUGGUGCUCAAAGUAAAACUAUCUGUAGCUAUGAAGAGUCACCACGAAACACACAGAAAAGACACGCAAAUGUUGCUUGUGUUAAAACCUAAAUGUAGUUCUACAAUUUUCUUACCAGGCUACAUUUUAGCUCUAGUAGACUGAAAACAAAAUCAUGUUUUUUCAUGGGAUCUUUGACCGUAUCAAGUUCUAAAAGAGGUUUCAGUCGUACGGCAAACUUCAAAAAAGUCACAUGGUUUUAGAAAUUCAUUUAAAGUAGUCGAUGUGAUAGAAGAAAAGGGUUGAAAUAAUAUAGAACAGAUGGAUUCUGUUUUAGAAAAAAAAAAUAUAGACUAUAUAAUAACUGGCUAUAAAUAACAAUAAACAGGCGGUCCGUUUAGUAGCUGUUCUAACAUUCACUCAUAUCACAUGACCUUCAUCAGCAACUAAAACUUUCUCAGUUGCCACGUAAACUUCUAAUCGUAUUCGUCGGCCUUUUUUUAACCAUUCCAACUAGGAAACGCUUACCCGAGCAUGUGAUGUGACCGAACGACGGCGAGCAGCUACUAAGUGACGGGCUUGUUGUUUUUUUUCCGCACCUGCUGUUUUCCGUGGGCGGGCAUGAGUUUUGAACCUCAGUGAUGGGCGACCUGUGAAUGUAUGUAACAGUACAACUGCAGUAAAUGUAAUGUGGAAAUGAUCAGUGUGUGUGUGUGUGUCUCACCUUGGUGCGUCCCUCAUGUUCCCUGAAGGGGACUUGAGGGAGGCAUGAGGGGAGGGGGGGGGGCAGGUGGGGGGAGGGGGAGAGUCUCUUAAGUGACAUGAUCGCAUUCGGCCCGACAUUUGUUGUCUGUUAAUUCUGUCCCACGUUGUGAAAUGACAAGCAUACUUGGUAGACCGCUUCUUCACUGUCCCCCGUCUUCUUACGCCAUCCAGUUCGUCUUUGGGUCGGUUAUUCGAGACAAUUAAGAGACCAAAAGAGCACACGGCCAAAACGCAAGCGACGACAACUCCGCUGUGCAUGGAUGGAAUUGAUCAAAUAUUUAUUUAAACCCGUCGCUCUUCUACAAGUGUUGCUUGUCAUUUUCCAUGCAGCUAGAUCUCGUGGUGCGAGCCGAAGUGAUUGGCUGUCCGAGGUCAUGGAGUUUGACAUUGAUGCAAGGUUUUACAAAAAAUGUCAUUAAAAAUGUCAUAAUUGUA